ACGCUAGCUGACUUUCUAGAACUCUCAGCUCUGGGCCCCUGUGCACCCACGGUGGGAGCCUGGUAUUUGGAGUCAGGAAGCAGAAGGAGGCGGUGGGUCUCUGGCUGCCUUCCCCACCCCCAGGUCUACAUCACGGUGCUAGAUGAGAACGACAACAGUCCCCGGUUUGACUUCACCUCCGACUCGGCCGUCAGCGUGCCUGAGGACUGCCCCGUGGGCCAGCUUGUGGCCACCGUCAAGGCCCGGGACCCUGACGCCGGCAGCAAUGGGCAGGUGGUCUUCUCCCUGGCCUCUGGCAACGUCGCCGGGGCCUUUGAUAUCGUCACCACCAAUUACUCCAUUGGUGAAGUGUUCGUGGCCAGGCCUCUGGACAGAGAAGAACUAGACCACUACAUCCUCAAGGUUGUAGCGUCUGACCGUGGUACCCCUCCACGGAAGAAGGACCACAUCCUACAGGUGACCAUUCUGGAUGUCAAUGACAACCCUCCAGUGAUCGAGAGCCCUUUAGGGUACAAUGUCAGUGUGAACGAGAACGUGGGAGGGGGCACUGCUGUGGUCCAGGUGAGAGCCACCGACCGUGACAUCGGGAUCAACAGCGUGCUGUCCUACUAUAUCACUGAGGGCAAUGAGGAUAUGACCUUCCGCAUGGACCGGAUCAGUGGUGAGAUCUCCACGCGGCCAGCCCCGCCCGACCGUGAGCACCGGAGCUUCUACCACCUGGUGGUGACGGUGGAGGACGAAGGCACGCCCACCCUGUCGGCCACCACUCACGUGUACGUGACCGUUGUGGAUGAGAAUGAUAACGCACCAGUGUUCCAGCAGCCUCACUAUGAAAUCGUACUGGAUGAGGGCCCAGACACAAUCAACGCUACCCUCAUCACCAUCCAGGCGCUAGAUCCGGAUGAGGGGCCCAACGGCACAGUUAGCUACGCCAUUGUCGCAGGCAACAUCAUCAACACCUUCCGUAUCGACAGACACACGGGUGUCAUCAGUGCCACCAAGGAGCUGGACUAUGAGAUUAGCCUUGGCCGCUAUACUCUGACCGUCACUGCGACAGACCAGUGCCCGAUCUUGUCUCAGCGCCUCACCUCUAUCACCACGGUGCUCGUGAACGUGAAUGACAUCAAUGACAACGUGCCCAUCUUCCCCCGAGACUACGAGGGACCAUUUGAUGUCACCGAGGGCCAGCCGGGGCCCCGCGUGUGGACCUUCCUGGCCCACGACCAGGACUCGGGCCCCAAUGGGCAGGUGGAAUACAGCAUCGUGGAUGGAGACCCUCUGGGGGAGUUUGUGAUCUCUCCUGUGGAGGGGGUGCUGCGGGUCCGAAAGGAUGUGGAGCUGGACCGGGAGACCAUUGCCUUUUACAACCUGACUGUCUGUGCCCGCGACAGGGGGGUACCUCCCCUCAGCUCCACGAUGCUGGUGGGGAUCCGGGUGCUAGACAUCAAUGACAAUGACCCCGUGCUGCUGAACCUGCCCAUGAACAUCACCAUCAGUGAAAAUAGCCCCGUCUCCAGCUUCGUCACCCACAUCCUGGCCAGCGACGCCGAUAGUGGGUGCAACGCACUCCUCACCUUCAACAUCACUGCAGGCAACCGAGAGCGGGCCUUCUCCAUCAAUGCCACGACAGGGGUCAUCACCGUGAACCGGCCACUGGACCGCGAGCGGAUCCCGGAGUAUAAGCUGACCAUUUCCGUGAAGGACAACCCGGAGAACCCACGCAUAGCCAGGAGGGAUUUUGACUUGCUGCUGAUCUUUCUGGCAGACGAGAAUGACAACCAUCCCCUCUUUACUGAGAGCACCUACCAGGCGGAGGUGAUGGAGAACUCUCCCGCUGGGACCCCCCUCACGGUGCUCAACGGGCCCAUUCUGGCCCUGGACGCGGACCUGGACGUCUACGCCGUGGUGACCUACAAGCUGCUGGGCUCCCAGAGUGGCCUCUUUGACAUCGACAACAGCUCUGGCGUGGUGACAGUGAGGUCAGGUGUCAUCAUUGACCGGGAGGCCUUCUCACCCCCGGUCCUGGAGCUGCUCCUGCUGGCUGAGGACAUUGGGCUGCUCAAUGGCACAGCCGACCUGCUGGUCACCAUCCUGGAUGACAAUGACAACUGGCCCACGUUCAGCCCUCCCGCCCUCACAGUCCACCUGCUAGAAAACUGCCUGCCAGGAUUCUCAGUCCUUCAGGUCACAGCCACGGACAGGGACAGUGGCCUCAACGGGGAGCUGAUCUACCGAAUAGAAGCCGGGGCCCAGGACCGCUUCCUCAUCCACCCAGUCACUGGAGUCAUCCGUGUCGCCAAUGCCACCAUCGACAGGGAGGAGCAGGAAUCCUACAGGCUGGUGGUGGUGGCCACCGACAGGGGCACCGUCCCUCUCUCGGGCACAGCUCUCAUCACCAUCCUUAUCGACGACAUCAAUGACUCCCGCCCCGAGUUCCUCAACCCUAUCCAGACGGUGAGCGUGCUGGAGUCGGCCGAGCCAGGCACCAUCAUCGCCAACGUCACCGCCAUGGACCGUGACCUCAACCCAAAGCUAGAGUACCACAUCAUCGGCAUCGUGGCCAAGGAUGACACUGACCGCCUGGUUCCCGACCAGGAGGAUGCCUUUGCUGUGAAUAUCAACACAGGGUCCGUAAUGGUGAAGUCCCCGCUGAACCGGGAGCUGGUUGCCACCUAUGAGGUCACUCUCUCAGUGAUUGACAAUGCCAGUGACCUACCAGAGCGUUCUGUCAGCGUGCCAAAUGCCAAGCUGACAGUCAACAUCCUGGAUGUCAAUGACAACACGCCCCAGUUCAAGCCCUUCGGGAUCACCUGCUACACGGAGCGGGUUCUGGAGGGGGCCACCCCAGGAACCACGCUCAUCGCUGUGGCUGCUGUGGACCCAGACAAGGGCCUCAAUGGGCUGAUCACGUACACGCUGCUGGACCUGAUGCCCCCAGGCUAUGUCCGGCUGGAGGACUCCUCCGCAGGGAAAGUCAUUGCUAACCAGACAGUGGACUAUGAGGAAGUGCAGUGGCUCAACUUCACCGUGAGGGCCUCGGACAAUGGGUCUCCGCCCCGUGCCGCUGAGAUCCCCGUCUACCUGGAGAUCGUGGACAUCAAUGACAACAACCCCGUAUUUGACCAGUCUUCCUACCAGGAAGCAGUCUUCGAGGAUGUGCCCGUGGGCACGGUCAUCCUGACUGUCACCGCCACAGAUGCCGACUCGGGCAACUUUGCCCUCAUUGAGUACAGCCUCGGGGAUGGAGAGGGCAAAUUUGCCAUCAACCCUACCACGGGUGACAUCUAUGUGCUGUCUCCUCUGGACCGGGAGAAGAAGGAUCACUAUAUUCUGACGGCCUUGGCCAAAGACAACCCCGGGGAUAUAGCCAGCAACCGUCGAGAAAAUUCGGUGCAGGUGGUGAUCCAGGUGCUGGACGUCAAUGACUGCCGCCCACAGUUCUCCAAGCCCCAGUUCAGCACAAGCGUGUACGAGAACGAGCCAGCAGGCACCUCGGUCAUCACCAUGAUGGCCACUGACCAGGACGAGGGCCCCAAUGGGGAGCUGGCCUACUCACUCGAGGGCCCUGGCGUGGAGGCCUUCCACGUGGACAUGGACUCAGGUCUGGUGACGACGAAGCGGCCACUGCAGUCCUACGAGAGGUUCAACCUGACGGUGGUGGCCACAGAUGGGGGAGAGCCCCCGCUCUGGGGCACCACCAUGCUCCUGGUGGAGGUCAUCGAUGUCAAUGACAACCGCCCCAUCUUUGUGCGCCCGCCGAACGGCACCGUCCUCCACAUCAGAGAGGAGAUCCCGCUGCGCUCCAAUGUAUAUGAGGUCUAUGCCACAGACAAGGACGAGGGCCUCAAUGGGGCCGUGCGCUACAGCUUCCUGAAGACAGCCGGCAACCGGGACUGGGAGUACUUCACCAUUGACCCCAUCAGCGGCCUCAUCCAGACAGCUCAGCGCCUGGACAGGGAGAAACAGGCCCUGUACAGCCUCAUCCUGGUAGCCAGUGACCUGGGUCAGCCAGUGCCGUACGAGACCAUGCAGCCGCUGCAGGUGGCCCUGGAGGACAUUGAUGACAACGAACCUCUCUUUGUGAGGCCUCCAAAAGGCAGUCCCCAGUACCAGUUGCUGACCGUGCCGGAGCACUCCCCACGUGGUACCCUCGUGGGCAACGUGACAGGCGCCGUGGAUGCAGACGAGGGUCCCAAUGCCAUCGUGUACUACUUCAUAGCAGCUGGCAACGAAGAGAAGAACUUCCAUCUCCGGCCAGACGGGCGCCUGCUGGUGCUGCGGGACCUGGACCGUGAGCGGGAAGCUGUCUUCUCCUUCAUCGUGAAGGCCUCAAGCAACCGCAGCUGGACACCACCACGGGGGCCCUCCCCGGCCCUCGACCUGGUCAGUGACCUCACCUUGCAGGAGGUGCGCGUUGUGCUAGAAGACAUCAACGACCAGCCCCCGCGCUUCACCAAGGCCGAGUACACCGCAGGAGUGGCCACCGAUGCCAAGGUGGGCUCAGAGUUGAUCCAGGUGCUGGCCCUGGAUGCAGACAUUGGCAACAACAGCCUGGUCUUCUACAGCAUCCUGGCCAUCCACUACUUCCGGGCCCUCGCCAACGACUCUGAGGACGUGGGCCAGGUCUUCACCAUGGGCAGUGUGGAUGGCAUCCUGCGCACCUUCGACCUCUUCAUGGCCUACAGCCCCGGCUACUUUGUGGUGGACAUCGUGGCCCGGGACCUGGCAGGCCACAAUGACACGGCCAUCAUCGGCAUCUACAUCCUGAGAGAUGACCAGCGGGUCAAGAUCGUCAUUAAUGAGAUCCCCGACCGCGUGCGUGGCUUUGAGGAGGAGUUCAUCCGCUUGCUCUCCAAUAUCACUGGUGCCAUCGUCAACACAGACGACGUGCAGUUCCAUGUGGACAAGAAGGGUCGGGUGAACUUCGCACAGACAGAGCUGCUCAUCCACGUGGUGAACCGUGAUACCAACCGCAUCCUGGAUGUGGACCGGGUGAUCCAGAUGAUUGACGAGAACAAGGAGCAGCUACGGAAUCUCUUCCGGAACUACAACGUCCUGGACGUGCAGCCCGCCAUCUCCGUCCGCCUACCCGACGACAUGUCUGCCCUGCAGAUGGCGAUCAUCGUCUUGGCCAUUCUCCUCUUCUUGGCGGCCAUGCUCUUCAUCCUCAUGAACUGGUACUACAGGACCGUACACAAGAGGAAGCUCAAAGCCAUUGUGGCUGGAUCAGCAGGGAACCGCGGUUUCAUUGACAUCAUGGACAUGCCCAACACCAACAAGUAUUCCUUUGAUGGAGCCAACCCCGUGUGGCUGGAUCCUUUCUGCCGGAACCUAGAGCUGGCUGCCCAGGCUGAGCAUGAGGACGACCUGCCAGAGAACCUGAGUGAGAUUGCAGACCUGUGGAACAGCCCUACCCGCACCCAUGGAACAUUUGGGCGUGAACCCGCGGCAGUGAAGCCUGAUGACGACCGGUACCUGCGGGCAGCCAUCCAAGAGUAUGACAACAUCGCCAAGCUGGGCCAGAUCAUCCGGGAGGGGCCCAUCAAGGGCUCGCUGCUCAAGGUGGUCCUGGAGGAUUACCUGCGGCUCAAAAAGCUCUUUGCACAGCGGAUGGUGCAAAAAGCCUCCUCCUGCCACUCCUCCAUCUCUGAGCUGAUCCAGACCGAGCUGGAGGAAGAGCCAGGGGAACGCAGCCCCGGCCAGGGCAGCCUGCGCUUUCGCCACAAGCUGCCGACAGAGCUCAAGGGGCCCAAUGGCAUCCACAUGGUGCACGGCAGCACCGGCACACUGCUGGCCACGGACCUCAACAGCCUGCCCGAGGACGACCAGAAGGGCCUGGGUCGCUCGCUGGAGACCCUGACGGCCACAGAGGCUAGCGCCUUUGAGCACAACGCCCGCACGGAGUCGGCCAAAUCCACGCCGCUGCACAAGCUUCGGGAUGUGAUCCUCGAGAGCCCCCUGGAGAUCACAGAGCUAUGACCAGACAGCUGGGGGGGUCUCACUGGUGUCUCCCAUCCCUCCCAGGGCAGGGCGGGGCAGGACCACAGUGCAGACCCCUCCCCAGGCCUGCGGGGGCUGCACCACCUCACCAGGGCCUGGGGGAGCCCGCUCCAGCGGCUCACAUUCCACUUCUGCCAGACGCCCAUUCAGCACCUGACCUCUACCUUCAUAAAAUUUGUUAUUUUUUUAAGAAAACCAAACAAAAAAUGAAAAGCGUCUAAGGACAAGGUAAGGAGGGUCACUGGGGGCCCAGGAGUCUGAGAACAAACUCAGCCCAAGCUGAACUCUAAGAGGCCAAGCAGCUCUCUCUCCCCUCCCCACAUCCCUAUCCACUGCCCCCACCCAAACCCCUCCCCCACUUCUAGCACCAGGGGAGGGAGACCCAGAACUGGCGUACCCCACCUGGCCUGGACUCCCUGACUUCAGUUCACGUCCCAGUGCAUUUCUAGCACAUCUCUGGCUGGACAUCCAGCCAGGAGCCGUGAGUGAUCCCUGCCUCCCCACAUGGACAUAACCAAAAUCCACAAACUGCGUUCUCUACAUUCCACAGGCUUCCCAAACGCGCCCAGCUCACAAGAGAAAGGACUGGUAUUCCCUUCGGUUCUGAAUGUAGAGUGUUUGUGUGUAUUCCUUUUUUAAAUUAAGUUAUUCCCUCAACAUUUUCCCCUUGAUUUUGUUUGGUACUCACUGAACGUUUCUGGAAUGGUCUGCAUUUUAAAUAAGAAAGGCAACUCAAAAGGUU